CACCCGGGUGGGACGCUGUCAGGGCUGACGUCUUGGAGUUUGUGUUUUGUUUUAAGUUGGAGACAGUUCGCUGUCUUAUAAUUGGGAAAAAAUGUCGAUAUUCACGCCUACGAAUCAGAUCCGCCUGACCAACGUGGCGGUGGUGCGGAUGAAGAAAGGAGGGAAGCGUUUUGAAAUCGCCUGCUACAAAAAUAAAGUCAUGAGCUGGAGAUCCGGAGCAGAGAAAGACCUGGAUGAGGUCCUGCAGACACACUCUGUGUUCGUCAAUGUGUCCAAAGGGCAGGUGGCCAAGAAGGACGACCUGACCAAAGCUUUUGGGACAGAUGAUCUGACAGAGAUCUGUAAACAGAUCUUGGCCAAAGGUGAGCUUCAGGUGUCGGACAAAGAGAGGCAGAGUCAGCUGGAGACGAUGUUCAGGGACAUCGCGACCAUUGUGGCGGAGAAGUGCGUCAACCCUGACACCAAGAGGCCGUACACGGUCAGCCUCAUCGAGCGGGCCAUGAAGGACAUCCACUAUUCCGUCAAACCCAACAAGAGCACCAAGCAGCAGGCCCUGGAGGUGAUCCGGCAGCUGAAGGAGACCAUGGAGAUCCAGAGAGCUCACAUGAGGCUGCGCCUGGUGCUGCCUGCCAAGGAGGCCAAGCGGCUGAAGGAGAAGCUGAAGCCGCUGCUGCAGGUGGUGGAGAGCGAGGACUUCGAUGAGGAGCUGGAAAUGGUCUGUCUCGUGGAUCCCGGCUGCUUCCGAGAGAUCGACGAGCUGAUCCGGUGUGAGACGAAGGGCCGGGGCUCUCUGGAGGUCCUCAGUCUGAAGGACGUGGAGGAGGGAGACGAAAAACUAUAGAGACACAGCCAGUCGGGACUGAGCACCUUUUCCACACUAACCUGCUUCUCUGAGGCAACAAAAAACACACAUUGCAAGACCCGACGCAGCUCCUGUCCAGCUGUUUAUAAAGUUAACCAAAAGAAAGGGUUUUUGAUUUGCUUGAUGUGUGGAGUUUAUUUUAAAAUCAGCAUUUCUAACUGAGUUUAAAGGUCAGUCCUGGUCUUUAAAUAUCUUUUAUUUAUUCAGUUCAGCUCAUCUGGACAUAAUCCCUUCAGCCUUCCUCCUGCUUCUGUGUGCCAUUUCCUCUCUUCCCACUGAUCUAUACAGCUUCAUGAAGCCCAAUAGUUUAUAUUUUGUUAUAAUGAAUGUUCUUGCUCUGAAGCAAAUAAAUAUUACAAGUAUUUUUGUUGUGCUAAGAAUAUACAGUGAUUGUUUUCCAAUUUGCCAAAAUGUAUCACAAAAAGUCUGAAACUCCUUCAAUAUGAGCAUGAUCACAUUGGUAAUAAACAUUAUUUAAAGAGUUAUAUGACAACAAUGUUGAAUAUUGUAUAAUUUAUUCCUUAAAUCAGUGUUUUUCAACACUGUGCUGCGACACACUAGAGCGUUAAUCAGUCACCUGUUUGAUCUAUAAACAUUUUUUGAAAUGUAUCUUUUUAUCUACAACAAAACAAACUCAAUCUGCACAGUAAAGGAGAAACUCUCAAACUGACUGUGCAGCCAUCAAAUAAAAUAGAGUCAGGGCUGCCAGUAGAAUAAGAUUUCACAGCUGCUGGGUUUGAAGCACUGCUGAAGCAUCUGGUAGCCAGAAAAGCCACUAAAUCUAGAUCUGCACUCUUAAUCUAAACCAGAAAGCAAAGUCUACUCAGAAAUCCUUGAUCAGAAAUGUACAUGAAAUUCAUUUUCUGAACAUGUUUAAUGUCCAGAGCAAGGAGGCAGCAGAUUAAGGUGAUUGAGAGUCAAACCCAAACUCACCCGAGUACAAUACGACCAACAUACAAUAUCCGUUAUUCAAGAUUUAUGAAAUACAGAAACAUAAAGUUGGGAAGGAGCUUUAAAUGUGUGAGAUAUGAGAAAAAUGAUGGAAUUUAUGAAAAAAGUUAAGUACAUCCUCUCAAAGUAUAGUUUAUUUUCUCAAGUUUUAAGAAAAAAAUAAAGUGUUUUUAAGAAUAGUUAAAAGAUUUCCAGUGACAGAAACAAAACAAACAAAAAAAAAAACAAAACACUUUGUUCAAAAAGAAAAAUUAAGAAAAGUGCAUAGAAUUUCAAUAUU